AUGGGCGCGUCCGACUCCAAACUCACCUUCAAGCAGGGCAUCUUCCGCCUGUCGGAGCCCAAGCAGAUACCCGCCGACGAUGAAUACUGGACCGGCUUUUGGGAGCUGCCAGAGAGCACCGAGGACGUCUUCUCGCUCUUCUCGCCUGCUGACAUACGGCGCACCCGCGACAACAACCUAGCCAACCUCGAAACGCUCAUACUCGCCGUCACGUCACGCCUCGUCGUCCUGCGCAACCACCCCUCCUUCCCCGACCCCGAGCUUGCGCCAGAGCGGGAUGCGCUCAACUGCAUACGAGUGCUCACGAGGCUGCUGCCUUUCGUGUAUGAGGCAGACCACCUGGAGUCAUGGGAGGACACGUUCUUCUGGGCUGAGCGGAGAAAGCGCAGUCGGCGGGGUCAGUUGCUCAAUAGCGAGGUCAUAUUCGACGAGUCUGACCAAGACCCAACACCAACCGAGGCCGAGCCAGAGUUCACAAAAGCCAAGCCUCUGGCCGAAGAGAUUAUUGACACCUUGAUGGAUCUACUCUUCUUCUCUGAGUUCACAUUGCCUAAAGUUCAGGGCGGCAAGAGCAAGGUCUCGUAUGCGAUAUGGCAGAGCGGCGUUGGCUGCAACACACCGGUGGCCUCGACAAAAGAGUUUGAAAGCAACAGAACAGAGAUACUGCGACUAUUGCUUACAUUCGCAAGCAAGUCCAUGUACAUGUCAGCUGCUAUAUUACCAGUAAAGGGCGUCAAGGCCAUUACAUACAUGGCUACAUGCCCAGAGAAGCAAGUUGUCUUGUCAGUACUCUGCUCGAUGCUGAACACAACCCUUAAGUACAACCCUGCGACAUGGCGCGUACCGUACGACCAUGUAGUGUUCAAGGACCAGAGGCAAAUACUGGUUACGUAUUGCUUACAACUGCUUCUGGUGCUGAUACUGUACCCCAUACCCGAGGCUGGCAAUGGGCCUGCGCCGAAGAACUUUUUCAGACAUUUCCUUGGUCGUCUACACCGCCCACAGGACUUCCAGUUCCUUGUCGAUGGCAUGACAAGAAUCUUGAAUCAGCCUCUGCAGGCGAACUCAUCAUACCUGCCCGGCAGCCACAAGUCGCUGACAUGGGCGCCGGAGAUGAUCAUGCUGUUCUGGGAAGCUUUGCAGUGCAACAAGCGUUUCCGCUCCUUCAUCAUCGAUACAGACAGAGCCCAUGACUUCGUGGUACUCGUACUGUACUAUGCGAUUGACCAGCGCAACGACCCCUCCAAACAAGGUUUGGUGCGCAUGUGCGUCUUUGUGUUGCAGACAUUGAGCGUGGAACCCCAGUUCGGCAAGAGCCUGAACAAGACCUUCGGAGGACAAGAGUCACUACCACCAAGCAUACGGAUACCGAAUUUCCACGGCACCUACGCCGACUAUGUCAUCACAUCCAUCUACACGCUGCUCACAACGGGCAAGGGCAAGUUGGACGCUAUAUACCCGGCUUUGCUUGCCAUCCUCAACAACGUUGCGGCAUAUAUGCAAAAUCUUGGACGUGCACCGAGCUCCAAGUUACUCCAGCUUUUCGCAUCAAUGUCGUCGCCUAGCUUCCUGCUGGCUAACGAGAACAACCACACCCUCCUGCAUUCGUUGCUGGAAGCGAUCAACGCAAUGGUCGAGCACCAGUAUCAGCACAACCCAAACUUGGUGUACGCCAUCAUACGGUCGAAGAAGAAGUUUCAAGCACUACGGGACUUCACACUCGAGAGCGGGCAAGAAGAGAUUGAACGCCAGAACCAGCUGCGCAAAGAAGGCAAUGGAGCAGAGCUGUCAAGGCAGACUUCCAUCGGCAGCCUGCGAAGUCCUACAGCCGCCCGCACACCAUCAUUGGAUAACGUUCCAGAAGAGAACAGCGCUUUCGCCAUCGGGAGCGAUGAGGAGGACGACUCUGAUGCCGAGGAGACAAGCCCACCGCCGCAGCCAAGAUCGCCAGUGCAGGCACCGCCAUCAGGCGGUUCGCGAGGUGCAUCACGAAGCGCAUCGAUUGCAUCGUCAGUCGAUGAGUCUGUACCUCUGCAGCUUCGAGGCAUGUCCGAAAAGGCACGCGGCAAGAUGCCCGUCGGCCAAUCCACCUUCUCGCGCCAAAACAGCGUAACAAGCCUCGCCAGCGUCAACGCAACACCAAUCCUGGGCGCAAACGAGUUCUUCACACCCUCAGUGACAUGGCUGGAGUCCUGGCUCUCCGAGCUCCCCCUCCACACAACCCUGAUGCUAAUCCAAACCCUCUCCCCCCUCCUCGAAUCCAGCACCGACACCACUACCGCCCUUUCCACCAUCCAAUCCACCAGCGUCGCCGGUAUCGACCCGUCGCCCAUCCGGGUGCAUCUUUUCGAAUGGUCGACCCUCUCGCUCGGCUGGUACGAGUCCCUGCUCUGGGGCUUCGUUUUCGCGAGCGAGAUGGUGGUCGCCAAGGGCACUGCGGGCGUGUGGAAUAACACGAGUAUCAGGCUAUUCAGGGUGCAGCAGAGCGAGAGUCAGACGCCGAGUUUGUUGGCUCCACGGGGGGCGGUGGAUGCAGUGGGGAGUAAUUUGGUGCAAAGGAUCGGGAGUCUCAACUUGAGAGGUGCGGUGCCGGGUGCAGCGUCCGCGCAGGGUCAGGCAGGGCGCGGUGCAAGUGGCGGUGCGCAGACGGGUGUUAGGGACGUGUAG